AUGCGUCUCCUCUCCCUUGUUCUCUGCAAUGUCCAUGCCGAAACCACCUCGGUCUCCCAUAUCGAGCACCAGUGGAUCAUCGACAAGCAUGGACGUCAGAGACUGUUUCGAGGCAUUAACGUCGUCUAUAAAGCGUUUCCUUUCCACCCUAUUCUGGAUAAAUGGGACCCUCAGUUCUCCUUCACCCGCGAAGAUGUCGAUUUCAUCGCCGACCUCAACCUCAACAUCAUUCGCCUUGGUGUCAUGUGGGGUGGUGUCGAGCCUUGGCGCGGGAGCUACAACCAAACCUAUAUCGAUGUUCUGAAGCAAAUUGUUGCGAGGUGCCAAGAAAAAGGCAUUUAUGUGCUCCUGGAUAUGCACCAAGAUGUCCUGUCGGAGCGGUUCUGUGGUGAAGGCGUCCCCAUGUGGGCAUUCCACACAAACAAAAUCGAGCAAGAGCAUGGCUUUCCCUUCCCUUUGGAGAACCCAUGGCCGCUCAAUCAGUCGGACGACAUUCCCACGAAGCUGCAAUGCGAUACGCACGAGUGGUUCAGCUACCAGUUGACUGCCGCCGCAUCGCGGGGCUAUCAGAAUCUGUAUGACGACGAAGAUGGCCUGGCAACUUCGAUGGCUCGGUUUUGGGCCAAAGUAGCGUCCGAGUUCAAGGACUACGACAAUGUCGUAGGUUACGACCUGAUCAACGAGCCGUGGGCUGGCGAUGUGUUCAAAAAUCCGUUGCUCUUGAGUCCGGGUGUUGCCGAUAGAAAGAAUCUUCAGCCAUUCUAUGAAAUUAUCCAUGAACAUAUCCGACAAGUCGAUACCGACCGACUGAUUUUCUUCGAGUCAGUGACUUGGGACAACUUUGUGGUCGGAUUUACCCAACCACCAGGCGGUAAAGAGUAUCGGAACCGCUCGGUGCUGAGCUACCAUCACUACGAUAAGAAGCCCAACAUGCUUGGAAUCGAGAGAACGUUCACAGAGCGGCUCCUGGAUGCCAAACGGCUAUCAACUGGGCUCAUGAUGACAGAAUUCGACAUUGCCUUUGGGGACGGGAAGCGCGCUGCCUGGCUCGAAAACGCCUUCCGACUGGCCGACAAACACUUCCAGAGCUGGAUAGGGUGGGAGUACAAACGCUUUGUUCCCAUUACCGGGUUUGGCGACUUUAUGUUUGAUCCCCAAACGGGCGAGCUGGUCAAGGGCUUUGUGCCGCUGCUGAGUCGGCCGUUCGCCCAGGCGAUUGCCGGCCGAGCUCUGUCCAUGAGCUUUGAUCCUGAGACAAAGCAGUUUGAUUUGGAGUACGAGCUGAUCCAGUCGAGCCGCACCAGCGUGACUGAGAUCCGGUUCCUGAAGAGGGUACAGUACCCCAACGGAUUCCAGGUCAAAGUCAAGCCCUCCAAAGGCAUCACCUGGGAAGUCAGUCCUCACAACGACGGCUUGGUGUUGGUCCGGGCCGACCCCCGGGCUCCACUUGGGGAGCGAGUCCAUGUGUCGAUCAUUGAAAACUAA